UUUUCCCCCUAUUAAUAAUAGAAUCCACCUUGCGUCUGAAAGCAAGACAGGAGGAUACAUGGCCGGCGGGUCAAGCGACAGCAAGAGCAACUCAGGGCUCGUCUCUAGGAUUUCCAAUUCAAUUUCAGGAUCGGGGAUCAUGUUCCAUGGCAAGCGAGCUGCGUCGGAUGCCGCCUACGUCACAAAGAAACUCCUCCGAAGCACCGGAAAAGCCGCCUGGAUCGCCGGCACCACCUUUGUCAUUCUCGUCGUCCCUCUCAUCAUCGAGAUGGAUCGGGAGCAACAGCUUAACGAUCUCGAUUUGCAACAGGCCACUCUGCUCGGUACCACUCCCCUUCCCGCUCGCAACUGAUCCAUUGUUCUGGUGAACAGCUAGGGUUAGGGAUUCAAUCACAUUUUUGAAGUUGAUGGAUGAUGCUUCCUGUGGGAGGGUUUUGGAUUUCAAUCUGAAAUUUGGGAAUUAGGGUACAUUACAUUCUUAGAACAAAUUUUCAGUUAUGGAAAUUGAUAUUUGAUUUUAAUUUUUAACUUUCAUGCACCAGUUUAUUA